AGGCAGGAGGAAGAUGGCGGCGGGGGCGAGGUGAGGUGUUGGCAGUAGAAAGGGGUUCGGGCGUGGGGGGCGGGGGAAUAUGGAGCGAUGAUGGCCCGCGCCGGCCGCAGGGCUGGAUAAAAAGCCGUCGCGCCGUGGGUGUGGGAGGGAGGGAGGAGAGGGCGCCCGGGCGCCACGAGAGUAUGACGGGGCUGUACGAGUUGGUGUGGCGGGUGCUGCACGCUCUGCUCUGUCUGCACCGCACGCUCACCUCCUGGCUCCGCGUUCGGUUCGGCACCUGGAACUGGAUCUGGCGGCGCUGCUGUCGCGCCGCCUCCGCCGCGGUCCUAGCGCCGCUCGGCUUCACGCUCCGCAAGGCCCCGGCUGUCGGCGGGAACCGCCGUCACUACCGGCACCCACGCGGGAGGCCGGGCCGGGCCGCCGCCCACCCCCGGCUGCGCUGGCGCGCGGACGGCCGUUCCCUGGAGAAGCUGCCAGUGCAUAUGGGCUUGGUGGUCACCGAAGAGGAGCAGGAGCCCAGCUUCUCGGACAUCGCGAGUCUCGUGGUGUGGUGUAUGGCUGUGGGCAUCUCCUACAUUAGCGUCUACGACCACCAAGGUAUUUUCAAAAGAAAUAAUUCCAGAUUGAUGGAUGAAAUUUUAAAACAACAGCAGGAACUUUUGGGCUUAGAUUGUUCGAAAUACUCACCAGAGUUUGCAAAUAGUAAUGACAAAGAUGAUCAAGUUUUAAAUUGCCAAUCGGCAGUGAAGGUGCUCUCCCCAGAAGAUGGAAAAGCAGAUAUUGUGAGAGCUGCUCAGGACUUUUGCCAAUUAGUAGCCCAGCAGCAAAAGAGAUCCACAGAUUUGGAUUUAGACAUGUUCGACAAUUUACUUAGGUCAACUGGUUUUCCUGAUCCUGAUUUAGUAUUGAAGUUUGGUCCUGUGGACAGCACAUUAGGCUUUCUUCCCUGGCACAUCAGAUUGACUGAGAUUAUCUCUUUGCCUUCCCACCUGAACAUCAGUUAUGAGGACUUUUUCUCUGCCCUUCGUCAAUAUGCAGCCUGUGAACAGCGUCUGGGAAAGUAGUGAUCCCUGGUUGUGUAAUUUGAUUUCAGGCUUUUGGAGAAAAGGACCCAAGUGACUCUGAUGUUUACAAAGCACCUAUGAAACCCUGUACACACCUAGUUCAUAAUCCUCAUAAUUUAUCAACAAACACAAAAAAGUGUCUUACUUGAGAGUAAGAGUAUGUGUGAGUAUGAGUGCGCGUGCACACGUGUGUGUGUGUGUGUGUAUGUGUGUAAAUAAAUUUAUAAAUGGGGGAAGUAUUGGAGAAGGAAAGACGUAGACCUGCAGUUUGAGCAAAUAGCAGCAGUGUUUUAGGAGCUGAAAUUUCAGAUUUAAAGGUUUCAGCCUCCACUACUUCCCUGUUUUUGUGGGGAGCAGGGGGGGUGACUAGAGCUAUUUGGUUGUUGUUUUGGGGGGAGGGGAAUAAUUUUUGUUCAGUCUUUCCUAGUGACCAAACUUAAUUUUUAAGAAUAAUAUAUUGACUUAUUAAAUGGAACUGUUUUGAGUUUGAGGGAUCUCCAGAGGAAUGGAGGUCUGUGUUGGUCCCAUGUUAAAAGCUUGCUCAGCUUUGGAGCGGAGGGCAUACCUAUUUUUGGAUAUCCGUCCAUCUUCAUCUCAUUGUAGUUGAACAAUGUGACUUGCGAGUGUUGCUCUGGUGUCUAUUCUGGGUUGUGAAGAUCAUCUGAAAAAGAACUCACUACAUUCAAACGCAGAAUUUAAAAAAUUUAAAUACUGUAUUAGACAGUCAAGAAAAGGUGAAAAAGUUACAAUCUUAAAAGUAAAGUUGGAAGAUUUCCUAAAAUAGGAAAGAAAGUGAUUUCCUUUUUUAUUCGGUGAGCAGUGUGUACCGAAAGUUGGUUUAAAAAAUAUUUCCAUUAACUAUUUUUAUUUAAAAUAAGCAUUUGAGGGAAGUUACCAAGGCAGCUCUUUUCUUCAAAAGUAGUAACCUGUUCCUCUUUGGAAUAGCACAUUUUGGGCCAUGUUAGUACCCAGGAUUUUUACUCAUUUUACUCAGUAAAUCCUGAUGGUGACUUUGCCUAAAAGAUCUUUAAGUAAGAUGGAGGCCUGUGUAGGUAAUAAAAUAUUACCAAAGUCUACAAAAGUAAUUUAAAUUAAUUUUACAUGUUCUCUUUCAUGACAGAGAAUUGCUCUGGUUCUGUUAUUUUUUAAAUGAAUAAGUGAUUUUUUGAUAUGUGUUUAGUAUUUCUUCCCUCACUGCUGAUCCUUGGACAGAAACCAUUCUUUAUAUUUGAUGGACCGUUUUCAGAAAAAUCUUAAGUGUACAAUAGUUGUCUAAAACUGGAGUAGCUUAAAUACUAGGUCUCAGAAGUCUGAAAAAUAGCAAAGAAGACUGGGUUUGGAAAGCAAGGUCUGAAGUUGCUUGUCAUAUUCUGAAGCUAUGAAGAAUAAAAUGUUUCCACUUUGGAUUACAAAACCCCAUUUAUGAUUUUAAAAAUUACACUUGAAAUAAAAUGAUUAAACUAAAUUUUGGUCCAGUGACAUUACUUUGCACUUCAUAGUCCUUUGUACAUUAUAAGACUUUUUUUUUUUAAGUCUUAAUUUAUUGCUGAAAGUUUUGUGUGAAACUGUAGCAUAUCUCUGAACUUUACUAGACAACUUCUGAUUUCUGUCCCCCUGUACUGUGAUCCAUGUUCUAUUGAGGCUUUUUUGUCUUAGUUUGAGACUGAAUUUAUGUCUUUUGUAAACACGAUAUGUGUCUUUUAUAAACAUUCUGGAAUAUGUAUGGCUUUAAUGAAUUAAAUUUAAUGGGCCUGACUGAAGUGAAGGGAUUUAAUACUUUUUAAAAUGAAGUUAGUCAAACAGAUUACCUACUGGGAUAUAGCCAGAGCUGCUAGAAGUCUAAUGGUUGAGUCUUUGUAUUUCUCUCCUUCCAUUCAUAGCAGUGUAGUAUUUAGUAUUAUUAUACAUCGAAGUAUAUCUGUAACCUGUGACCUGAGUCUAUUAUAGUCCUAGGAAGAGAUCCUUAAAACAAGUUGCUAAAGAUUCUGAAUUCAGAUACAGGCAUUCCAGAUCCUUCUCCUCAUGAUGAGUUUAACUGCUAGUAUCAAUCUCCACAACUUGAAUGGCAUUGGUCAUUCUGUAAUUCCUGCCAAAAUCAUCACAGUGCAUCAUCAGGGCUCCCUUUGCACUCCCAAGAAGAACUGAUAACGUUAAAGAAAACUGUUGUUUGUCUUUAUGUGUACUCAAGGUUUUUGUCUUUACAUUGUUUCUUCUUGACAUUCCCCACAAUGGAAAAAUCAAAUUAAACCCACAUUAAGGAUGGCAGCUUGGAGCACAGCAAAAACUUGUAGUGUUUGAAUUCCAUUCCCAAUUCUGGUUGUAUUUUGUUUCUUAAAACUGAUUACUGUUAUAACAAAGUUCAAAAGCUGCUUUUGAUGUGAAUAGCAACAUUCUGGUAUAUUGGGGCUAAGGCUUAAGAAUACCUGUCUCUGAGAGGAAGGUGUUAUAAUGUUAAUGAGCAGUGCCAAAUACACUGUGCGCAUCUACAAUUUAAUCUUUGAAUGUAUGUUACUUGAUUAGCUCCCUCCUCCCGUGUGAUGGUACCAUGCAUAGAGUCAAAUCCUUGUGCUAUUUUGUAUGGCUGUAGACUUUGGCAACAUGUAAAUAAUGUGUAAAGCAAGUUUUUAUGAUUAAGGAAUCAAAUUUAUUGAAUUUUAUUAUUGAAAGUUGAAACUUAACAUGUAUGAACAAAAACAAUAAAAGAAUAUACUCUUUUCAUGGA